AUGUUGAGUUUAUUCUUGUCAUGUAUUUUAGCAACAGCAGCCAAGACUAGCCCUGCAGCCUUAAACGAGUCAUCGGGUAAUAUGAACCCAUUAAGUAAAGCACUUAUUAUUUUAGACUUUAUUUUUUUACUUUAUGUAGUAUUUUCUCCAGAAAAUAGAUUUAAAGAAUAUACUCGAUUUUUAUUACUAGUUCAUGGAUCAGCACCAAUCCUCUUUUAUGGAGCAGAAAUGAUUGCACCUGGCAAUUUUUAUUUAAUAAUAGGAAUAUUUUUCGCUCUAGUAGUUCUGUACUAUUUCUUGUGUCAGAUUGAUCUAUUUGUGCAAAUUAUAACUAUUGUAAAUUGUUGUCUAUUGGUAGGUGUAGUAAUAUCGAGUUUGCUUAAAGAAACAUCUUACUCUAUCAUGGGUUCAAUUGGCGGGCCUGUAAUCGCUGCCGCGAUUUUUAUAUUCUUGGGAAUAACUAGAUUUGAUACUUUAUACAAAAUUCACACAAUAUUCGUUUGUUACAUUGUUACCACGAUAUUAAUUGAGGCUUUAACCAACGUACAAGUCUUUAGCAAUGCCGGAAACGAUGUAAAAACAUCUUCUUUGAGCUUCUUAAUAGCAGCUACCGUGUUUGGUAUUCUUACUUUCCUCUUGUUUUUCAAAUAA